GCACUACAACCACCCUGAUAUAAUCACACCACACCCCACAUCUCUCCCAUACAUUUUCUCCCCUCCUCCUUCAUUGCUCUGCAACCUCCCAAGUACAUAUAGAUAUACACUAGAGAGAGAGAGAGAGAGAGAGAGAGAGAAUAUAGGAGUAUACAGUAAUACAGAGAGAGAGAAUAUAUAUACUGUAGGUUUCUCGAUCUUCGGUGACCGAUAUACAGGUCACAUCUCUGGAUUCCCGCCGUACGUCGAUGAUCGUAAAAAAUCGUCACACUUUAGUUCCUGACGCGUACCUCCCCUAAUUACAGGGACCCAAUCACUUCCCCUCGGGAGCACGGUACCACAAACAACAACACCUCUAGCUCUCAAUCCACGAGAAAACGUUUUCUCUCUGUCACCAGAAAAAACUUCUUCGAAUUCAUCACCCCAAAAAAUAAAAAAAACAGAGGCGUUGGUUUUGAAUCGGAUCCGCAUCAUCGAUGGGGAACUGUCAGGCGGCGGAGGCGGCGACGGUGGUGAUCCAACACGGGGGGAACAAGGUGGAGAGGAUUUACUGGUCGGUGAGCGCGCACGAGGUGAUGGCGUCGAACCCCGGCCAUUACGUGGCGCUCGUGGUUCCUGUCGCUUCGGCGACGAUGACGGCGGCAGCGGCGGCGGGGAAUGGGACGAUGGUGAAGCAGCUGAAGCUUCUUCGGCCUGAUGAUACGUUGGUGAUCGGACAGGUUUACAGGCUAAUUAGCUUUGAAGAUGUGUUGAAGGAGUUCGCUGCAAAGAAGUGCGUGAAGCUUGGGAAGCUAUUGGAAAAAGGAGGCGUUGCUCUGGAUAAUAAGAAGAAACUUCCCGGCGGGUCGAGUCAAUCGGAGAACUGCACUCCCGUCAAGAUGGAGAGCCAGGUUUACCGACUGGGAAGCAGCAGCAGUGGCAGUGGCAGAGGUAUUGGCAUUGGUAUUGGGAGGCAUCAUCAAGUUGGUGGUGGUGGUGGGCAAUGGAAGCCAGCCUUGCAGAGCAUUUCAGAAGUUGGAACUUGAACGCUCUCUCUCUCUCUGAUCACAAUCCCAUCCUAGCCUUCCACUCUUUCUUUUCCCUGCCGAGAAUAAGAGCAAAAAGCAAAUGCAUCCAUUCCCUUUCUCUCCUUUUCAUACGUUAUUAUUGUUCUCUCUUUUGCUUUUAGACCUUGGGUUUGUGGCUUUACGCUUAGCUAGAUGUAGUGAUGUAAAUCUAUGAUCAGUUUACUGUUGCCGUUUAACCAUUCUCUUUUAAAGUUUUUUUUUUUAUAAUUGAAUAUCUGUUGUCCGGAUCAGUUUGCAGACAUCUGAUGGUAAAAGGUUAAAUGACAAUAGUUUGCCCUCUCUUUUAUUUUU